UUUAAAAACAACAUUUCCAAGCCCACAAAAAACGAAACCAAAAAAACAAAACCACAAACAAGCAUCAAGCGAGAGAAACAGAGAGAGUGUGAAACAGAGAAGAAAACCAACAAGAACGAACGAAAAAUGUCGUGGCAAACUUACGUCGAUGACCACUUGAUGUGCGACAUAGAUGCCACAGGGCAUUUCCUCUCCUCCGCCGCCAUCGUCGGCCACGACGGUUCCAUCUGGGCUCAGAGUGCCAACUUCCCUCAGUUUAAGGCUGGUGAGAUCCCUGGUAUCAUGAAAGAUUUUGACGAACCUGGACAUCUUGCUCCUACUGGCUUGCACCUUGGGGGUACCAAAUACAUGGUAAUCCAGGGAGAGCCAGGAGCUGUUAUCCGUGGGAAGAAGGGAUCUGGAGGUAUCACCAUAAAGAAAACCGGUCAAGCUCUAGUUUUUGGCAUCUAUGAUGAACCUGUUACUCCUGGACAGUGCAACAUGAUUGUUGAGAGGUUGGGAGAUUACCUCAUCGAUCAGGGUCUGUAGACCUAUAUUUUCAAGAUUUGAAGUUUUUUUUCUGGUUGCUAUACUCCUUGAUUUUUUUUGUUCUAUUAUGGUCUGCAUAAGUUUCAACCCUGAAUUGGGAGUUUUCGUAGACAAUAACCAUGUGGGAAUUAAACAAUCGACUUUUUGAAUGAUUAAAUGUCGGUACCCUGAUGUUGUUUUCUA